UUGGCAUAUAACAUCGACGCGUCCCGUAAUUCAUUGACUGGACUACAUGCUACAGCGGCUCGUUAACUAUAAUCAUGCCGGAAAACGCUUUGAACAUCGACGCGUUGCCUCCGGGCACGCAGCGCAUCAAUGACUUACAAGCCACCCAUAUGAUUCUGGCUCCUCAGCCAAGUUCAGACCCCAAUCAGCCACUGAACUGGAGUCCUUGGCGAAAGACACUCCAUAUGAUAUUGCUUUCACUUUAUUCCAUGAUGAUGUUCGCCAUCCCAUGCAUGAGCGUGCCAUUCUGGCAAAACUUCAACGAAGAGCUCGGCUUAAGUUAUGAUACUAUGAAUAACGGCUAUGCUGUGAAUAUGAUAGGCUUGGCUAUCGGCUGUAUCAUCUUUGUCCCCAUCGCGUUACGAAUUGGCCGUCGUCCCGUUUACCUCGCCACCGCCGCUCUCAUGUUUGCAGCUGGUGCCUGGCAAGCCGAGACGUAUACUGCUGGAGACAUGUUCGGAUGUAAUGCCAUUGCUGGUGUUGCUGGAGCAGUAAACGAAGCGCUCUUCCAAGUCACAGUCGCAGACCUGUUCUUCGUCCACCAACGUGGUACAAUGAAUGGUAUCUAUCUUGGCAUGGUCCUUGUUGGGAAUUAUUUAGGGCCAGUUUACGGAGGUCAGGUCGCCGUGAAAAUGGGCUGGCGCUGGGCAUGCUGGUCCUGCACCGUCUUGAUAGGCAUCAUUAGUGUUUUCAUGAUAUUCUUCCUCGAGGAAUCCAAGUAUAUCCCACCGGCCCUGAAUGGCCAAGAGGCCCCAACUACCACGUCUUUACCCGACGGAACCCAUCUUGGUAAAGUCAGCAGCAUCGCCAAACCAUCCUCUCCAAAUGAUUCGCAGAGCAACGAUGAGGCCAUGCCUCAGCAUUACAGCGAUACCAUUGAGAUAGACCACAGUAUUCCCAUGAAGUCGUACUGGCAACGACAUGCAUUCUUGACUUUGGACAAGCACGCCUGUCAUCAAAGGCGUACCAUCUGGAGAGACAUCUAUGAACCAUUUCAGCUUCUCUGUACUUUCCCAGCUGUCAUAUUUGCUGCACUGCAAUACGGUUGGGCUGUUGCUAUGCUCUCCCUCUUGGCCGUCACACAGAGUUCUCUGUACGCCCUCCCCCCGUAUAAUUUCACACCUGCCGGGCUAGGAAAUAUGAAUCUGCCUCCUUUUAUUGGCGCGAUUUUAGGAGCAAUUUUUGGAGGACCGCUCGUGGACUAUUUUAUUAUGCAGAUUGCCAAGCGUCGUGGGGGUAUUUAUGAACCUGAGACUCGACUAUGGCUGUUCUUGAUACCAGGGUUAAGCAUGACUGUUGGAAGCCUUAUGUAUGGCUUGACAAUUGCCAAGGGAAUGCCUUGGAUUAUUAAUGCUAUUGGUGCAGGCUUCAUUGGAUUUGCGAUCGGAGGUUGCGGCGAUAUGGCUCUUACCUACCUCCAAGACUCUUAUCAACUUAUUGUGGGUCCUGCCUUGACUGGCGUUGUUUUCAUCCGCAAUGCUAUUGCAACCGCUCUUGUGUUCGCCGCCACGCCCUGGAUGAAUGGAAUGGGUGUUUAUAAUAUGUUUGUGGUCUUGGGGUGCCUUUCUGCUGUUGUUGCUUUGACAUGUAUACCUAUGACCAUUUGGGGUCGGAAGUGCCGUGUUCAGUUGGCAGGCAAGUAUGAUAACUAUGUCAUGAAGCAGUAUUGACAUGGGAUAUUGGUCAUGUGGGAUAUCUCAGUAUUUA